CAGGGGCACGGGCUCGUCACUAACGUUGCGAAUCGUGACACGAGGAACUUCUUCGUUUGUUCUAAUACUAGCGAAUUUUUACGAGAGUUCUCCGGAACAACUUUGAACAAGAAACCAGAGGGAAAAAAAAUGGCCGCGAAAGCACCCGCAGUCGGUAUCGAUCUUGGCACGACCUAUUCCUGCGUCGGCGUCUUCCAGCACGGCAAGGUCGAGAUCAUCGCCAACGACCAGGGUAACCGCACGACGCCCAGCUAUGUGGCCUUCACGGAGACCGAGCGUCUCAUCGGGGACGCCGCCAAGAACCAGGUCGCCAUGAAUCCCAACAACACCAUUUUCGAUGCCAAGAGGUUGAUUGGACGUCGCUUCGAGGACCCGACCAUCCAGGCCGACAUGAAGCACUGGCCCUUCACCGUGGUAAACGACAGUGGCAAGCCAAAGAUCCAAGUACAAUACAAAGGAGAGACGAAGACUUUCUUCCCUGAAGAAGUGAGUUCGAUGGUCUUGGUAAAAAUGAAGGAGACCGCAGAGGCGUACCUAGGCAAGACUGUCACGAAUGCUGUGAUCACCGUCCCCGCUUACUUCAACGACUCGCAGCGUCAGGCAACCAAGGACGCUGGUACCAUCUCGGGCUUGAACGUAUUACGUAUCAUCAACGAGCCCACCGCCGCCGCGAUCGCGUACGGUCUCGACAAGAAGGCCACCGGCGAGCGUAACGUCCUGAUCUUCGAUCUCGGUGGUGGCACGUUCGACGUGUCCAUCCUGACCAUCGAAGAUGGUAUUUUCGAGGUCAAGUCCACAGCCGGUGACACCCAUCUCGGUGGUGAGGACUUCGACAACCGUAUGGUCAAUCACUUCGUUCAGGAGUUCAAGCGCAAGUACAAGAAGGAUUUGACCUCGAACAAACGCGCCCUUCGUCGUCUGCGCACGGCCUGUGAGCGCGCGAAGCGUACUCUGUCAUCCUCCACGCAGGCCAGCAUUGAGAUCGACUCGUUGUACGAGGGAAUUGAUUUCUAUACCUCCAUUACCCGCGCUCGUUUCGAGGAACUCUGCGCCGAUCUCUUCCGCGGUACUCUUGAACCCGUCGAGAAGUCGCUGCGCGACGCCAAGAUGGACAAGGCACAGAUCCACGAUAUCGUCUUGGUCGGUGGCUCCACGCGCAUCCCCAAGAUUCAGAAGCUCCUGCAGGACUUCUUCAAUGGCAAGGAGCUCAACAAGUCCAUCAAUCCCGACGAGGCUGUGGCAUACGGUGCGGCCGUACAGGCGGCUAUCUUGCACGGUGACAAAUCCGAAGAGGUGCAAGACUUGCUUCUGCUUGACGUCACUCCGCUCUCUCUGGGUAUCGAGACUGCCGGCGGUGUCAUGACCGCGCUCAUCAAGAGGAACACCACCAUUCCGACGAAGCAGACUCAGACCUUUACAACCUACGCCGACAAUCAACCUGGCGUGUUGAUUCAAGUGUACGAGGGUGAGCGUGCCAUGACUAAGGACAACAAUCUGCUGGGCAAAUUCGAGCUUAGCGGUAUCCCCCCAGCACCUCGUGGAGUUCCUCAGAUCGAGGUUACCUUCGACAUCGACGCGAACGGUAUUCUCAACGUCUCCGCCGUGGACAAGUCCACUGGCAAGGAGAACAAGAUCACCAUUACCAACGACAAGGGUCGACUCAGCAAGGAGGAUAUUGAGAGGAUGGUGAACGAGGCGGAGAGGUACCGCACCGAGGACGAGAAACAAAAGGAGACGAUCGCGGCCAAGAACGGCCUCGAAUCUUACUGCUUCAACAUGAAGAGCACAGUCGAGGACGAGAAGCUUAAGGACAAGAUCAGCGCGUCGGACAAGCAAACGAUCCUGGACAAGUGCAACGAUAUCAUCAAGUGGCUCGACGCGAACCAGCUGGCCGACAAGGAGGAAUACGAGCACAAGCAGAAGGAACUCGAGGGCAUCUGCAACCCCAUCGUUACGAAGCUCUACCAGGGUGCCGGCGGUAUGCCUGGUGGCAUGCCCGGUGGAUUCCCUGGAGCUGGCGGCGCCGCUCCCGGCGGAGCGCCCAGCGGCGGCGGUGCAUCUGGUCCUACCAUCGAGGAGGUCGACUAAAGAGAAUCGUCCCUGUCUCGCCACUGCCCAUCAUCGCGGUCACUCUCCACCACUACGCAUUCCUUGCGCGAAUAUCGAAUACCGCGAAUACCGAAAAAAAAGAAGCGAAUAGGUAUGAGGACAAAAAAAAGGAACGAAUAGGUAAAGGACAAAAAAAAGAAACGAAUAAAACGAAAAAAAAAAAGGGUAAUCCACCACUACGCAUUCCUUGCGCGAAUAUCGAAUACCGCGAAUACCGAAAAAAACAAUACCGAGAAAACC